AUUUAAGAGAAGUCAUUCCGAAACAUACUUUUGUAGUUCGUAGACACUUCUGAAAUCAGCAUGCAGAAAAUCGUAUUACUUUUUCUGAGUUGUCUCGCUCAAUCAACUGUUAGUUGGGAAAUAUCAAAGAUAACAACACCCGAGAUUAGUAUACCACAUUCCGCUUAUUGGGAUGACGAUACACAGAGUCUAUACUUCGUGGGCUUUGUUACAUCCGGGGCACAGGCAUCAAUAUUUCGGUACAAUUCUACCGAUGGGGUUUUUUACUCUGCCUACAUUGAUGGAGUACAAUCGCCUUCAUUCAUUAUUCCGACCAACAAAAAAGUAUGUGAAAUAUGUAAAAAGUGUGGUGAAAAGUUGUUCGCAGUUGGGAUUGAUCAUGAUGUCGUUGUUGUCAAAUGGAACGGAAAAUCUACAAAAGCUAAGAUUGUGAGUUCAAUUUUCAGUGUUGAGAACAACAAUCCAUCGGUUCGAUACGAUGUUGCAGCAACUGAUAGCAGUGGACGCUUGUACACAGGAAGCGUCUCGCAAACACUUUGCAAUGCCACUGCCACUCGGUCAUUGUAUCGAUACACAAGAACAGCCGGUGUAGAUCGUUUAUUCGGUGGAUUGAUAUCAUCGACUGGUAUUGCUUUUAACGAAAAACUAGGCAAAAUGUAUCAUUUUGAUUCGUGUCAAUUAUUGCUUACGGAAUAUGACUACGACCCAAAAACGGGAGAUAUUUGUAAUGGUCGUGUAGUACUUGAGUAUCCAUUGAAUGGAAUACCGAUCAAUACUAACCUUCCAUUUGGACUAGCAAUUGACUCGAAGGGAAUGUUGUAUACUUCUGUUUAUACUGGCUCAGUUUGGAAAAUUAAUCCAUGGACGUCCACGGUGGUUGAGAUUAUCAAUUUGCCAGUGCCGGGUGCUUUAGGGCUUGCGUUUGGUGGGAUUCAUAGAAACAUUUUGUACGUCAUAACUGGAUCGGUAAUCCUCGAUGCACUCUCAUCGAAGGUUAUCAAGGAGGUCACAGAUGGUAGUUCAAUUUAUGCAAUAUCUGGUUUAGAUUCAGAAGGUCUACCAUUGACACGAAUGGAUGUUAAAUGAUGAAAUAAUUAUUCAGAAUGCAGACAAAUAAAACACAUUUUGACAGUCAAUCAAACAGUGGAAUAAA